GAACUGAAGCGACCCGAUGUAUUUACGGAGAUAAGUUUGCUUACGGAUGGCGAAAUACCCAGAGGCGCCAUUCCGGUCCGCCCCGCAGGGUCGCCUUCCAAUUUGCAUUGGAGAGAAGUGGCUCGCUACGUAGUCUAUGAGGAGGUUUUCGACGAUGAAACGAGAAAAUUCAAUCCUCCACAGUAUCCUUCCUUUCCAUACCGCUACUUUGACCGACUCUGCACUGUCCUACAAAAAGAUUUACUGGUGUUGCAGAGCAAUGCAACAACAAGUGAAGAUUUGAUGAAAGAUGCAGUAAAAUUCUUGGAGUCGGAAGGCGAAUUAACAAGUUCUGAAGAUCUCGUGAAUCUGGAACUUGCAUUAACAGCUCCUCGUUGGCACCCGCAGGUCAAUCGUCGACAGAGCAUCCAUCACAUUCCACGUCUCUCAAUCUCAGGUCCACCGAGGCGUCCCUCACUUGUAGCUAAAACCGAAGAAACGAUGGGCUUCACGAACAAAAACCUCUCCGUGUGUCUACGCGAUGGUGCAGAGGGAUGCAGCAUCAUGGUUGGAUGUUUGCCAUGCCUAUCGCAGCCCCUCUACCUCCUCAUUCGACUGGUGACAGAUCCGGCGCCCAAAUUACUAGGCAUGGUGGAGGUGGAUGUUGGUAUUCGUUUUGUGCUUCUUGCACUCACGCCGAGAGUGAAUGAGGAGAGGGCCAUGUAUCAAACAGGACGAUGUUUCGCCACAAUGCUCAACGACAGCAGAUUUCUCACAGCCUUGCGUCAUUCACAAGAUCCGGGAGAUAUUUACAGGGCUGCGCUGGGUUUCCGACGGGAUAUUAUACUCAUUUCUGGUAACUAUUCAGAAAUACUCAAUCGCAGUGGUGGCAUCGAUGUCUCUUCUUCUGACGACGAAGUUGAGUUUGAACGAGCUGACCUUGUGUUUGAGGACAUCCUGGAAGCCGAUUUACAAGAGGAAAUGACAUCAUCGAACUUGAGUUUGGAAAAGGAGCCUCAGGCUCAUUGCUCCAAGCACCCAUGUAAGCGCCUCUGUCCACCAUUCUACGAACUGAUGUGUGGAAUCAAGGCCCUUGCCUCCAGAAUGCCCAGCGACUACAUCGAUGCCUUUACCAAAGACAAUGUGGGAACAAUGUUUAGCAGUAUCCUCUUCAUCUACUUCGUCGUAUUUGCGCCAUCAGUCACUUUUGGAACUUUAAUGUGUAAGUAUGCUUGA